AUGGAACCUGUACCUAAAGCAAUUCAGAAAGUCCAGGCAUCACUCGAACCAUACAUCAAGCCACGAGAACAAGUCGCUUACAUCCGACGAGCCCUAGCUCUUCAUCUUGAGGCAUGUGGUCAAUCAGGGCCUAUUCGGAGCCCGCUGUCUCUCAUCGACGCGACAUGUGCUGUGACUCCGACAAAGGAAACUAGAGGUCUUCAGAGGGAGUAUCUCAAGGCUCUGGAUGCAAAUCUUAAAGCUCGCAAUGAGUAUGAGAACACACGCAAUGAUACGGCAACAGAACCUCCUUCGCGGCAUAAGAGAAUGGAUCCAAGAGACCAACUGGAAGAUCAAAUAGCUCUUGUCAAGCUAAAGCAAAAGCAACAACGGCUUCAAACGGUACAGAAGUACCUAGAUCUUUUAGUGCGCCAGCCCGCAGCUUCCCGGGACUUCCUUGACCUGGACGACGUGUUUCGGGACUCUCCGCCUCUUCCUGAUGUACCAGCUGCAGUGGUAAACAGCUUUACGGUCAGCAACGCUUCAUCCAAGGCCGACUUAAGUGGACUGGCUGGACAACUAGAGAAGGUUGUAUUACGGGCCAAGCUGCUUCUGCAACGAGAGGAGCAGCUGUUACAGGACGUGCGGCAGAGAACAGGUUACCUGACUGACCAGGUCAGCAAUGAGACCAAGGCACAUGCUUUGGAUACGACACGAGCUGAGUUGAUCAACUGGAUCGAAACGGAACUCAGCAAAGCCUCUGGUGAAGCCCAAGAUGACGCUCCAUCGCCGCGGAAUGGACAAGAUUCUCAGGUCGACAAAAUAAAUAUUGACGAACAGCUGGCUGAGAUCAAAGACAAAUACAGCAAAUACAUAAUUGCACGGAAGUCACUACUUUCUAUGGUUUCAGAACAGACUCAGCCAGUCUUGAAACCCGGGGUUGAGACUGCGGGCACCUCACAAAGCCAGACUGUUCCACCGGCGCCAACCACACAUAUUCUUAUCCCUUAUCUCGAAAAACUGCUAGCCCUAUCACGAGAGCAAAAAGGCAUGAUCACUCAAAAGUCUCAUAUCAACAAUGUGCUAUCAAAGCAGUCAAAAGAAACCCGGCAAGCUCUAGAUCAUCUUGCUGAAGAAAGCCAGCUUCUGCCUAGACACCCCAUGCCUGGAGCAGGUAGACCAAAAUCCGGCUUCGGUGAAGAUUUUGCUUCUGCUUUGUCCGAAAGGCAGGCAUUGUCGGAGCGGGUGAAGCCCUGGGUGUUUGCAGCGGAUUCAGCGAAGAUUGCUACUUUGGAGGCGGUCGCCGAGAAAAUCGAGGAGGGUCAGGUAGCGUUGGAAGUUUCCAUGACAGCCCUGCAAGAGGUUGACACGCUUUUGGGUCAAAGAGCAAAAGAAACGGAGAAAAAUGCGGUGGAUGACGACGCCACAGAAGAUGAUAUAUGGCUCAAUCAAGGGGCAGCAAGUAGGCCAGGCGCGAGGAGACAUAUUGUACACCACAGAAACGAAUCAGCAGCCAAGUCCGGUGAUAUUUGGUCUGCUAUUGACGGAAAACUCGGUCUCAUCGGUCAUGAAGAUCAUAAUUGA